AGAUAUCGAUCCGAAGGCGGAUAGCCCUCGACGCCUCCUCUCGCAGGCUCCAACCUCCAGCCCUCGACGGCUCCUCUCCGGCGCCUGCGCCGGCGCAGACAAAGGACGGCAGGCUUCCAUCAUCCAGUGAGCACCUUUCCACGGUAACCCGAGCCUCGUCUUCUUCGUCCCAGGUAUAUUGGUUUCCAGUGUAUAUAAUCAUUAUGGAGAUUGAUCAGAAACAAAAAGAGGGUCUUGGUGUACUGCUGAAGCAGGGGGCUGAAGCUAGGGUUUUCGAGUCAAAUUUUGUGGGACGUAGAUCCAUUGUCAAGGAACGAUUUUCAAAGAAGUACAGACAUCCAUCACUGGACUCAAAAUUGACUCUUAAGCGCUUAAAUGCGGAAGCUCGCUGCAUGACAAAAGCAAGACGAGUUGGUGUUCCCACUCCAGUUUUGUAUGCUGUGGACCCUUUGUUGCAUACUUUAACUUUCGAAUUCAUCGAUGGCCCAUCUGUAAAAGAAAUACUCCUGGAUUUUGGAUUAAAUGGUGUUAUUGAGGAACGACUAAGUGAUAUUGCAAUACAGAUAGGGAAUGCAAUUGGAAAGCUACAUGAUGGAGGUCUUGUUCAUGGUGAUUUGACAACAUCAAACAUGAUUGUCAAGAAAGGGACAAAUCAGCUGGUCCUUAUUGACUUUGGUCUGAGCUUCAUAUCAACUCUUCCUGAGGAUAAAGCAGUCGAUUUAUAUGUGCUUGAGAGAGCUUUGUUGUCUAUGCAUUCAUCAUGUGGGAAUGUGAUGGAUAAAAUACUCGCUGCAUACAGGAAGUCUUCAAAACAGUGGUCAUCUACAAUGAACAAGCUAGCUCAAGUGCGACAGCGUGGUCGGAAGCGUACCAUGGUAGGAUGAGCAUUUUCAGCUGAAGUACUUCUACGCAUGUUAAGACAGGCCAUGUAGACAUUUGAAGGGAAGCUGUAUAGGAUUUAAUGGAGAUGACUAUUCAUCAUUCAUCAAUGUAAUGAUGUGUUUGCUUGUAGCAAAUUCUCUAAUAACCAAAUGACAUUGAGAUUGAUCAUCAAAAUGUCAUAAUGGAUUAUGUUUCUUUGGGUGGUCGCCAUAAUGGAUUUUCAGUUGAGCUAGAAGUUUCAAAAACCUGUCAUUGCAAUUAUAUUUGUGUAUCAGAACUACUGCUAUCAGCUGUUAAAACACGAUUCAACCGCUUAUACUGAAAAGGCGAUGCGGGCAAUCUUAAAUUAGAGAUACGGAUUUAUUGUAUAAA